UCAGUUUCACUCGUUGCCUGCUCUGGUUGAUGAAGUAAAUACUCCUGUAGAAACAGUUUUUUGACUCAUGACACUUUAAACUCCGGUGCUGAAAUCAUAACGGCUGGAUGAGUGGGCCAACCUUUGCCACCCCCUCUGCAGAGGUGGCUCAGAUCAACCGCAUCCAUUAUGAGUUGGAGUACACAGAGGGCAUCAGCCAGCGCAUGCGGAUCCCUGAGACCCUCAAGUUUGCUUCAGACAACCAGACAGGGUCUUUGCCAUUCCAGCAACCCCUUCACACUCACACAACUCUGAUGCAAGUGCCCGAGAGGAUCAUUGUAGCAGGGGAUGAUGACGACCCUCAAUUCUCUCGUCCCAGAGAUUUGGAUCUGAUUCAGUCCGUUCCGCCCAUGGACCUCCUGGACAUGAAGGCCCCGCCGCGUGUCCUCACCCUUACCGAACAACCACUGGACUCUCUUGAAACUGACCCAGCUGCCAAUUCACAGAACAACCCCAGCCAAGUUGCCCAUUUUCAUUCACGGUCUCGAAGGGAACGCAGUGUCAGUGAGAACAUAUCUGGUCGCCACGGCAGUCAGACCAGCAGAGUUGAUCUGAGUGUAACCCCUUCCCCUUCUGCUCCCCCAGUCCGGUUGUGUCCCCCUCUCUGUUCCCCUGAGGAUGCAAACAUCAACCUGUUCACAGCUGCAGGGUUCCUGACUUAUAUCCAGUCAACAACACGCCGGGCGUACCAGCAGGUGCUUGAAGUCCUGGACGACAGCCACCGAAGGGCACACCUGGACCUGGCCCUGGACAUAAACCCUGAUGAGUCUGGCUUAGUGGACGCCUCCUCACUUCGACGACAGAUUGUGAAGCUGAACCGACGCCUGCAGCUGCUAGAAGAAGAAAAUAAGGAACGCUCGAAGCGAGAGGUGAUCCUGUAUUCAGCUACUGUGGCAUUCUGGCUCAUUAACACCUGGAUCUGGUUCCGUCGCUGAGGUGGGACAAGACGGAGUCUCCCAAAACACUGGAUGCCAAAGCAAUUUCUUGUUAAAGGUGCAAUCACAAAAAAACAUGAUGAAUUUUUUACCAGCAUCUAAAGGCAACCACAGAAAACUGGAAUUUGUAGUGUCCUUCACCCCAACCCUCCAUAUUUUCAUUGCAAAUUCUUGAAAUUUGACAAAUUUCAAGCUUAAACUUUCAAGCUUACUCUUCAGAGAUUAGACUUGUGGCAGAAAAACUACUAUCAACACCUACUAACUGACUCUGGUAGUGCAAUACAACACCACUCAAACUGGAAGUAAAGCUAAAUGGCUCUCAUUCAAAGAUUCAUUGAUUGUAUUUAAUUCCUGUAUUAACUGUCAAAUGACAACCAAAACAAAGCACAAAGACACUCCAGCUGUGUAACCGAUACACUGUAGUGAGCUGAAGUUUGAUGCAUCAGCAACAAACACUCGCCAGCUGUGGCUAAUGAUAACGACAUCUUAGAUGUCCAACAAAUACAUUUUGAAUUCUAAACCACUGUUAAACUUUCUCAGAGGGAGAUUUAUAUCCUCCACUUUCAAAUAUUGCACAAAUGUUCUUUUUGUGUUUGUUGAAUGAAAUGCUUUGUACUAAAAUCCCCUGGGUUGUGAAGCAUUCCCAAAAAACAUUUUGUUUAGCAUUAAUAUCAAGAGCCACUGAACACAUUAACACUGCAUUAAUCACAACUGCAAAUAGUGCUGCAAAAACGAACAAUAAAUAAAUCUCAUCAUCAAUAAAUCAGAUGAUUAUUUUUUCAAUUAAAUUAUUGAUUGUUUGAAACAUUUUGAAAAAAAGAUGUAAUUGUGAUUAUUUUGGCUGAUAUUGCAGUUGUGAUAUGAUUUGCAAUAUUAAUGGGACUUAUACAUUUUACACUAUUAUUCUCAUUUUAAUUGAAAAACAUGAAAAUGAUUAUGGUGUGAUCUUUGCGGGGAUCUCUA